AUGCCUUAUUUUGUCAUUCUGCUCCAGGUAUACCUUUGUGAGUCUCUCAACCUACCCAAGGUGGCGGCCUAUUGGCGGAGUGUCAUUGACAUGAACGACUAUCAACGGGAACGCUGUGCUCGACGGAUUUUGGCCUCCCUCUUCGAUACGGUCAAUAGGAAAAAGAUUGCUAUAUUCGGCUUCACCUUCAAGAAGGACACUCACGACACUCGGUAA